AUGGAUGACUCGGAUGAAAGUAGUUCAGUGAGAAUUACCCCCCAUUAUGAACCAAUAAAAGCUGGGGAUGAGUCGUUUCCCCCUCCACAUUGUAUAGACGUAUACUUCCCUUCUUUUGAAUUAGGGCUUAGAUUUCCUCUUCACCCGUUUUUUAGAGAGGUGUUAGAGUUUUUGGACGUCUCAGUGCCCGAGUUAUACCCGAACGCCUGGGGUUGUAUGGUGGCCUUUUUGAUCUUGUGUAAAGUUUUGGCCGUGCCACCAACACUCACAGCUUUUAGAUAUAUAUUCAGAGCCCGCCUAUGUAAUUCCCAAUCAUACGGCUGUGGCUGGAUUACUUUCACCCACCGUCGAGGACUGAAGAUAGUCCAAGACCUCCCCGAUAACCAGAAGGGGUAUAGGACAAAAUUCGCAUACUUAUACAACUCAGAGGGAUGGAAUAUCAAGACCUCUUUUGAUAUAAAGCCCAAUCUCUCGGGUUUUAAUAAUGGGAUCCCGCAAUGUUCCUUUAACGAUGCGGUGAUCAUAGAAUAUGCAAAGAUGGACGUUCAAUUGGGAAGGAAACCAAUGAACGUCCAACUUAAUUGGAUACCUGGUCGUCCUGAGCUGGAGAAUGAGAACCUCCUCUCAGCCUUCGGCAUUAGCUUGGCUAUCGAUCGGAGGAUAGCCAAGCAAAAUCUUCGAGCCAAGAGUCCUGAACUAAUGAAGAAAUUCAGUGUUCUGAGACUUGCUUCAGGGGCCAUCCAGCGGGCCGAGGAUAAGCCUCUUCCCCUUCCUCCAAAGGACUCGGCAACCGUGGAGAAGGGUCUGGAGGACGUGCCUUCGGAGCAAGAGGCUCUCCGACUUCUUGAAGAAAGAAAGCAGGUUCAUAUCCCCGAUGAAUCUGAGAAGGUGGUUCCUCCUCAGACGAGGGGUGCGACAAAAAAGAGUGGGAAGAAGAAGAGGAAGCGGGAUUCUUCUUCCCACAAGGAGAAGUCGGCAAAGAGGCCCUCCGUGGGCGCGGUCCCUACCGCCCGGCCCCUCCAAAUAAGGCCAGUUGAAGAGGAGACCUCGCCCCUUCAAGACUCUCCACGGCCAUCUUCAGAUAAAGGGAAGGAGAAAAUGGGGGAAUCUUCCGCGGCUCCCUCCUCUCAGUAUGCCGAGGUUUACCGUCGUCGGGAGGUUUCCCCUUUUCGACGCGACACACCCUUUCCGGAGCUGGGGCAUAAGGGCUUAGUAGUCCGCUUUAACAGGGCGACGUCCAACUUAAUCAGCAAAGUGGACGUCGACCUUUUAGAAUCUAUGCCCCCCCGUGAUAGGGUGCGUCAAGCACAAGCUUCGGCGGCGGAGGCGUUCAUACGGUUGGCCUUUGAGCUCGACGCCAACCGUCAAAGUGCCGCGGACCAGGAAACCAUGGCCGCCCUUACCUCCCGCUGCGAAGAGCUGAACGAAGAAUUAACAAAACUGCGGGAGGACCUGCCGAGCCUCAAAGAAAAACUGGCCAAGUGCUCUGAGCUGAAAGAACGCUUGGUCAGAACCGAACAAUGGCGGGAAAGGGCGAGGAAGCAGCUGGAUCAGAUCGUCGAGAACUUGGAUGCUGCUUCCACCAGGUCCGCGAGCAUCAGCCAUGAGGUCGGCUUGCUGAUGGAUACUCAUGCCAAGCUCGUUCAUCAGAACCAGCGACUAAUGCAGCAAGUGUCGGCCGAUUCUUCCCACUUCAAAAUGAUUCUAUCCGCGGCUAAAGUAUACAAAUUGUGCCUAACCAGGAAGGCCCGGAUAGCUCGAGAUUGGCUUCUCUCGGAUGAGCCGGAAGCGUCGAAGUUUCUCGGAGAUCUGACGGCCGAGAUGGUGAAGGCCGGAACCAUGAUUAGUGACGAGAAGUAUCGUCUGGCUGCCGCAGAGUUGGGCAUGGAUUUUACUUCCCUUCAGCAAACUGCUGAACAAAAGGGGAGUGAAGCUUUGUCCAACCUUGCUCCUGUCUUGGACGGGGAGUCGGCGGUACUGGUCGACACGGUCUGGGACGCGGCCGAAAAGAGGGCCUGGUCCGAAAAGAUAAAUGCCGAGGCUGAGAGGGAGGCUUUAAGUCUCGACUUGGAGCAGCUGGCUCUCUCUUCUCCUCCGGCGUCAGAUGUCCCAGAGAACUUGACGCUCUCCAACCUGGAGGUUCUAUGCCUUGAUCUAUCGAAUCUCAUUAUUGACGGAGGCCGGAACCUCCAGAGCUUGUCCCGGGAGUUGUCUGAGAUCGGGGUGGAGCCGUUCAAUGUUGAAGAUUAUGUCAGCUUCACCCCGAGUUUUGAAGAGGGAAGGAUCGAAUCUCCUCCGCCGCCGGGUGAAGAUGUCGAGGCCUUUUUUGACGAUGUAUAA